CCCUUUUGCUAUUCUCCGCAGUUUCCUUUUCCCCUUUCGGUUGUUCGCACGGUGAGGGCCGAGACGAAAAGGGGGAAGCGGCAUUUUGCAAAUGGGCAACUUUGCAAAUUAGCAUUUUUCCAAUUUUGCAAUUUUCCAAUUUCCCACUUUGCACACAUACGCGCCUUUGCCCUUACACCCGUGGGGAUUCCACUCCAACGUUUCGCCACUCCACCGCGUUGCCGCGUUGCCGUGUUGCCGCCUCCCCGCCAUGCCCCCCAAGCUCAAGUCCAGCUUCAGCAGAAGCAGCAACGAGCCCUCGGAGGGGGAGCUCAAAAAUGGAGAGGCGGCGGCGGCCCCGGAGAACAUCAGCAUGAAAAAGGUGCGCGCGGUGCUGUACGACGAGGCGAUCUGCUACAGUGAGAGUAAUACCUACUAUAAGAUGUCGAACGUGCAUAAUUGCAACACCAUGGAUUCUUACAUAGACUAUGUGAAGCGGUCCAACUACACGAGGAGCUACGAGCAGGAGAUGAUUUAUAACGAGGCCCUGAGCUUGUAUAGCAACCGCAACAGGUACAUCCGGAAGAGGUACCAAAAUGACUUCUACGUUAACAUCAAGAGGAACUUGCGUCGGGGGAGAUACUUUGGAGAUGACAAUGACGAUUUGCAGGAGGGAGAGGCAGGCACAGAGGGGGACGUAGGGGGGGGGGCACCCGAGCCGAUGGACUACACACAGGAGCGGAACCUAAAUGAGUACCUCUACCGGGAGAGGAAAAAAGAGCAAGGCGUCCUCUUCAGGAAGAAGUACCUGGAGUUGUUCUCCGACGGGAGGUCCUCCGCAAAAGGGAUGCGGGACGCGCAGCAGAGGAGGCGAAUGAUAUUGGCGGGGUUAGCCCACAACAGUAUUGCCACCACUGGCAUUGUGAAGAAAAAUGAUAGCUUGCUUUCCCAAAGCGGAGCAGAUGGGGGUCUCCCCCCAGCGACUCGCACAGAUAUGCCCCAUGGAGGGAGUAAACCCAAAACGAACAUACUAAACGAUCUGCGCGAGCUAAACAGCAUGAGCGAUUCGAGCAACUUGUCUCAUGAGGAGGGAACCAACCUAUUAGAGCAACUGAUCAAAAUGAGGUACACCCCAGAGUACAUCUCCCAGCUAAGUGACCUAUUUGAAAAUCCAAGGACCUUAAAGAGAGCGAAUGUGAAGAUGCUCAAAUGGUUGGAUUAUCAGUUGAGGAAGGGGUACUGGUUGGAAAGACUCUCCCUUUUCCUCCUCGGGUUAACCAUCGCCAUUGGUGUUGGAAAUAUAGAAACUUUCUGGUCGUUGAUGUCUACCUGGCAUGGAGUCAUUUUUGUUCUCCCCUAUAUCAUCUGCUAUUGCUUCGUCUGCCACCCCAUCCUCACAUUCGAAUUGUAUAUAGGCCAGUUGAUUAGGACCUCCUCUCCCUUCAUCUUUUACAGACUGCUAAAGCAGUGUGCAUCUGUUGGAUUUUUGAUGGUCCUCACGUGUCUUAUUAAUAGCUACAUAAAUACCUACCGAACUGCUGCAGAGUAUUUUGUGUAUUUGAUUAACUCCUUUAAGAGGGACCUUCCUUGGAAGUUGAAUCAGAAGGAGAUCAACUUCUGCGCGAGCUUCAAAAACGAUUUUAUAAAAUGCCACAAGUACAGACCGCUAUGCUUCUUCUCGAAAUCUAUUUCCUCCUGUGUGCCUAACAGCUUAGGGAAAGCCUUCCUCAUUUACCAGAACAAAUUUUUCCCGCCAAAUUUCUUUUACGACCGAUUGCUUCACAUCGAUGGCGGGGAGAAUUUCGCUCACAUCUUUUCCAGUGGGAGUUCCUACAUUGACAAGGACACGUUUAUCUUCCUCUUUGUGUGCAACUUCUUCGUGACUGUUUUUCAGCUCCUGGGGCUGACCAACUUCGCCUUCUCCUCCGCCCUCGUGCUGCUCCUCAUCGGCUUCCUCUCCAUCACGCAGUUCGCCACCAUGUUCAACCUGACCAGCGCCACGCAGGCCUACUUCUACGUCCUCAAGUCCUGGAAGUUCUCCUACCUGUACACCUACUCGUCCAUCUGGUCCCAGUGCGUCUCCUUCGCCCUCUACGAGUUGUCCAUCGGGAUGGGGAUCUACUCGUCCCUCGCGACGAAGACGAGAAUCGGAACCAACUUGGCCUUCGACGGAUACGCAAUCACCACGUGGAACUCCAUCAUCUCCUCCCUCAUGUUCUUCUCGGCAGUUGCCGUCAUCGGCUUCAUCGCCAACAGCAUCAACUCCAACUUCGUGGACAUGCUGGAGUUUUCGAGGAAGGACUGCUCCUUCAUUCUCUUCCCCGUGGGGUUCACGUACCUGCAGAGGAUGGAGAAAACCCUGUGCAUGCUCUACUACGGGUCGUACACCAUCCUGUCCUGCGCCUCGCUAGCCAUACAGUGUGAAGUCCUAGUGAUGACCAUACGGAACUUCAAAUUCUCGAGGAAUGUGAAGAAGCGAACGAUCAUUUUGACUCUCUCCUUCUUCCUGUUCCUCUCGUCCUUCUUCAUCUCCAACAAGGAUACCAAAAACAUCCUCUGGUUUUUAUCCCUCACCAUUUCCGAAAAUGCCCGCGUCUUCGUCUCCCUCUUGAUUUGCAUCAUUUUGGGUUGGCUAUACAACAUCGAUUCGCAGUACCGGCGUUUGACCAGGAGGAGCGUCCUCUCUUUCAACGUGACCUACUGGGCCUUGAACCUAUCCGUCAGCGUCCUCUUUAACUACCUGCCCUACCACGUGUACGUGCUCUACAUCGUGCGGGUAGGCAUCUUCGUGGUGAGCACCCUGGUCGCCACCUGCGUACUGAAGAAGGAAAUCAAAACGAAGAAGGGGAGCAAGCAGAGACAUUUGAGCAGUCUCACUUACAAGCAAACCCUGUACAUCCUCUACAUCGGGAACAUCGAAGAGCUGCGCAAGGAGCUGCAGCGAAUCAUUAGCGGGAACGUGCUCAUGGGCAACAUCUCCAUGGCCUGGUCCGUGUGCAUCAAGUACAUCGGGACGUCCAUUUUGCUUUCCGCCUUCAUAGAAUUUGCAGACGGGGUGUUUUACGGUAACGAGUUGAAGGAGAAGGUGCAGCUCAUUCCCCAGGGGUGGGUCGUCUUCGCGAUUCUCUUCUGGGUGUUCACACUACUGCUGCUGGUUAUCUUCCCGCUAUGCACCACGGUUUUCGAAAAGUGGUGCGCCCACGAGGACUGCUUCGCGGACUUCGCCCUCCUCCCCUCGAAGCCCCUCAGGGAGAUCCACAACUUCAGCAUCCUCUCCUACUUCUGCGAAUUUACGGGCGCGGAGGCCCCAAAGGGGAAGGGGCGCGCCCAGAAGGUGGCCGCGGAGUAG